UUUGGUUAUACGUAUGGCGGUUAGUGGAAUUGUGACCUUGAAAGGUAAUUAUUCGGAGCUGUGUAAUACAUAGCUAACAUACGCCAGCAAAUACGUACAGUUCUUAUUCAAGUUCUCUUAAAGUACGUAACGCACUGCAAACACGGAAUUAUUUCUUCCAAUAAUUAUUCAAACAACAAUAAUGUGCAUCUUCUGGUCUCUUUUCACACUGACCUUCUUAUUCAGUUGUGUCCUUACGUCACAAACUACUUUGAAUGUUACUGUCAACCAGAAUCCAGGCUGUAAUCUUGGAGAUAAAUGUAAAAUAUAUAAUGUUAUGUACAUCAAUGCUCGAAAUACUACAUCCUCUGUACAUAUAUUUAUCACAGCAUCAAAACGUUUCACGUUUCCAUCAGUUUUAAUUGUUCACAGUUCUCUAUCUGAGGCAAAACCAAAUAUUGACUGGAAUAAAUUGGAUGCAACUUCGGGAGAGAGAUUAAGUAUAGACAAUGUGACUCAAUCAUAUGCCUUAGUGUUUUAUAAGAUGCUUGAAUAUAAUGAUCUCUCUGAUAGUGUUAAUAUGUCUGCAUAUAAGAAUGAUUCUGAUCAAAUAUUAUUUCAUCCAUUGAAUGAAUACAACUGGGAGUUUAACACCUUAACUACCGUGAAUAAUUUAUAUGAAAUUACAUAUAAUGGAAGUAAUAGUAAAAUGAAUCCAAAUGGUGGACAAAUUAAUCUGAAAUUUCGUAUAAGUACUACAACAGAACGAAGUGAAAAAAUGCCACAUUUAUUAUUCCUGCCUGGUUUAAUUGUACAGCACGAUGUUGUCUUCAAUAAUCUUACAAGUCACUUCAAUCAAAGUCGUUUCAGUCUACAAUUAGUUAUGAUAUCAAGUGUAGCUUUAGAGAAAACAGAAGAAUUUCGUCGACACACGCUGUUUAGCAUUGAUGAUGAAGUGACACCGGGAAAUUUUGAGACGAUUAAUUUACUAUUGAAUGAACCAGUUUCACGAAUGAAUACAACUAUGAAUUCUACUACUCAACCGACGGUGAAGAAGCCCACUCAUCAUCAACGCCCAUUGCAUCAUCCCGCAGCUUUUAUGCAAACAAAACCAUUGUGCUUCAUCGAUGAUGAAUUAAGAACAGUACAGAAUAGUCGUAAUAUUUAUGUAGCUAAACAUCAAGAUAAUUUAAUGCCAGAGGAUAUAUCAAAUCUUAGCAAUGCAUUUCCAUCCGUAUUCUAUGCUGAUCGUCUACGUCCGGAUAGUAAGCUAUCAUCACCGCAUGUUGGUAUGCGUAUGCUGAAUAUCUCAUUUGGUUCACCAAUGGAUGGAUUCUAUGCUAAUUCGAAGUAUAUUGUUUGGACUGCCUCAUUUGGAUUAGGCGAUGCUCCAGCCGAUAGUCUCUCUUCUCUACUCAUCGGUUUAAUUAUCUUUUCAACAGUAAUUGUUUUAUGCUCAGUUAUUGUUGGCAGUGUUCUCACAGUUGUGAUGCGUCGACGUGUUAGAAGACAGAACAAUUUUAGGCAAUUUGUCAAUGAUCCUGUGGCAUAGAAGAUGAAACAACAACAAGAACAAACAAAUCACCACUACUGCUGUUUUGUUUUUGAAAUAAUAUCCACAUAACCUUUUUGUUCUCUCCCCCCCCACCUGAUUUUUUCUGUUCAACGUGAAAAACAUCUACGAAAUACACGAAAAAUUAUCCCCAAUUUAUUUACAUUCCAUUGAUUGAUUUAUGUUUGUGUGUGUGAGUGUGUGUUGUACUAUACUACCUCACACACACACGCAUGCAUACACACACACCCCUCUCAUAAAUACAUUUAUUGAUUUUUGUAAUAUUUACUUUUUCUUUUGAUUUUUUUUUCUCUCGCUGACGAAAACUUGUGCCUUGUAUUAUUAUUAUUAUCAUUAUUAUUACUAUUAUUUCCGAUCCUUCUUUUUCGGUUAAAAGUACACUUGUUACUAUCAAUUAUCA